CCACAGCCAAGAAACCGAGGAAAUGACUAAUGCCUGCCAAAUGCUGCAACUUUGUCUGUCAGCCCAGCCAAAACAGUAAACUGUCUCAUAUUUCGAACAGAAACCGACUUUCAGGCGCUCUCGAUUCACUCUUCUGUCAUUUAACUCAGCACACCGUAGCUCAGCGCCUAAGACAAGCGCAAUUCCUUGCAUACCCCCGGAUUGGACCCCCGAACCAAGCCCUGGUCGUCGCCCGGAUCGAAAGAUCAAUUGGUGACCCACGAUGCCCGGCUCCGACGCGGGAAACCAGCAAUCCGAUGGGACUCAGCUUCCGUCCUUCUACUCUCCGCGUGCAGAUGCGCGUGCCACGUCGCACAGCGAUCAAGACGUUGAACAUGCCGAUUUCUCCCUUUCUGCCCCAGAAAACACCGCUUCUUCGACCAUUGAAGAUGAACCGAGCCCAUUUACGCAAGCGCCCACGCCAUUGACACAACCGCCACCGCCGUGCCUCCUCUCCCCCGCAUUUACACCGCCGUCAACACCGGGAACUGCGACGCCGAGAAGUACAGAGGCGGGUGUACCCCGUGAACCGCGUAGCAUUCCAGUCGACAGCUCAAUACCAACUGGAGGGUGUGGCACCAAGCAACCCCGGCUGCUCGAGACCUUGCCACAGGUCGAAUGCAUCGUGCGCGCGCGGAUACCUACGACCACGGGGGCUGAGAUGUUCCUGCAUCUCUACACGAACAAUGUGGACAACAAGGAACAUCUGGCCAUUGUGUUUGGAGGGAACAUUCGGAGCAAGUCCCUGGACGCCGUGAGGGAGGGCGAGACGGAGAUGGAUCGACUCGUGAGAGGCGCUUACACAGGGCGCCUGUUCCCCGGCAGGACAACCAGCGGCCUCUCAACACCCACGCCAGACGGCCCGACCAGCGCUUCGGAGGCAUCACAAGCGCCACCCCUGGUCAGGAUACACAGCGAAUGCUAUACCGGCGAGACAGUUUGGUCGGCGCGCUGCGAUUGUGGAGAGCAGCUUGACGAAGCGGCGAGGCUCAUGUCUCUGCCCGGCAAUAAAUCUGGGGGCAUUAUCAUUUACCUGAGGCAAGAGGGGCGUGGCAUCGGGUUGGGGGAGAAGCUCAAGGCGUACAAUCUCCAGGACCUGGGAUCCGAUACGGUCGAGGCAAACCUUCUUCUUCGCCAUCCGGCCGACGCCCGUAGUUACGGUCUGGCCACGGCCAUGCUGCUCGACCUUGGGCAGAAGGAGAUUCGACUCCUGACAAAUAAUCCAGACAAGAUCCGCGCCGUCGAAGGGCCCCACCGCGAGAUUGUCGUUAAGGAGAGAGUCCCCAUGGUACCCUUGUCGUGGAAGGGCAAGGGCGGUUUCAGAGCGCCAGAGGUUGAGGGUUAUUUGAAGACAAAGAUCGAGAAAAUGGGCCACAUGCUGGACUUAGCAAACCUACCGCAUUGAAGGAUCCAGGACUUAGUGAUGCCUUGUAAUCCAUCUGUAUUUGCCAUGGAUACCUUUUGCAUGGAUUUGGCGUUAGUCUAUUGGGCAUCUCGGCCUCCGCCGAGAAUAAGAGGAUCUACAUUCCUGGCGUUGGUGUGUCUGGGCUAGCACUAACAUUUAGAUUGUCGGGUUCGCUCUUGUUAUACGUUCGUGGACCAAAUCCCUUAAUGCUUCAAGGCCUUCUCAACAGCCAGCCCUAAUCAUGUACAUACCUCGCAGAUACUAGUAAAGAAUAGCAUCUUCGACGAUCA